AUGGCUCUUCAUCUUUCCUUUAGAUCACCAUCAGUGUCAAACUCAUAUCAAGGAUCACCUUUAGUUGAGAGAAUAUCAGAGGAGCCUUUGCCUUUGCCAAACAAAACUGCUCAAAGCACUGUCACAUGUAUCUACCAAGCCAAUGUUGCAGGGCAUUGGAGAAAUAUAUCAGUCUUAUGGUGCAAAAACCUUAUGAACCAUACAUUAAACCUCAAGGUUGAUAGCAUAAGGGGUGAGUUUCAAUACACUUGUAAGAUUGAUGUUAAGCCAUGGUACUUUUGGAACAAAAAAGGGUAUAAAUCUUUUGAGGUUGAUGGCCAUCCUGUGGAAGUCUAUUGGGAUCUCCGGUCAGCUAAGUUUUCCGGCAGCCCGGAGCCGAGCAGCGAUUAUUAUGUAGCAUUAGUGUCUGAUGAAGAGGUGGUGUUGUUAUUGGGGGAUUAUAGGAAGAAAGCUUACAAGAGAAUGAAAAUGAGACCAACCCUUAUCGAGGCUGUGCUACUUGUCAAGAGAGAAAACGUUUUUGCCAAGAAAAGCUUCUCAACAAGGGCCAGAUUUGAUGAGAAGAGAAAAGAGAGUGACAUUGUUGUGGAGAGUUCAACCAUUGGGCAAAAAGAACCUGAAAUGUGGAUUAGCAUAGAUGGGAUUGUGUUGAUUCAUGUUAAGAAUUUGCAGUGGAAGUUUAGAGGGAACCAAACUGUUAUGGUUAAUAAGCAACCUGUACAAGUGUUUUGGGAUGUGCAUGAUUGGUUGUUUAGUUUCCCAGGAUCAGGACCUGGUUUGUUCAUUUUCAAAGCAGGGCCUGCAGAGGCUGAGAAUGAAAAAGAAGACAGAGUUUUUGAAGGUUGUGACAGUGAUGAUGGUAGUAGUGGUUAUUAUUCAACUCGGAGUUAUGCUUCCUUUGAAUCUUCCCUUGUUCUAUGUGCCUACAAACUUGAGUAA